UGUCAAGUAGUUGUCAAAAGUCAGUCAAAGGAAGAUUUGUUGAACUGUGUGGUGUCUUCUCCUUUAAAUUUGGUUAUAAUAAUUAUAAAAUAAAAACAAAUGUUUUCAAAAUAUACAAAAUGAUUCGCGACGACAAACUGUUUUUCCAUAAAACAGUUCAACAUUUAGCCAGAUCUCUGGCCAAUAUAAAAGGCGCCCCUUGGAAUAAAGUACAAACUUUGCUCUCACUAUGUCCGCCAGAUCCACAAAACGGAACUUUUAUAAUAAAUUGCAGACACCAAGAUGCAGUUAUAGCUUUGGGAAUAUAUUUUUUGGAAAGUGGUCUUCAGCAUAAGAAAAUAAUAUUACCAUACUUGCUUAAGCUGGCUAAACUGAUCGAGAAGGCACAAUGGCCGGAUGAAAUUAAAUUAAAUCCAACUGAUAGAAUUCCAGUAGCAGAAAAAUUUAGUUUUUGUCUUCAUACACUUUUAAGCGACAUAGCAGUAAGAUGUGAGGAUUCUAGGAAUGAAAUUAUAGAUACACAGGUCGACAUUCUGGUAAGCUUAACCAACCAAGUGCUGAAAAUUCAAGAUGCCAACAAUAGAAAUAGCGCCAGCAAACUAUUUUUAUGCAAAACAACCCUUCCUGUACUCAUAGGUUUAGCAAGAGCAAUGGGAAGAUUCUGUACAAGCGAUCCGCCUUUAAUUUGUAGAUUGUUUCCUAAACCAGAACCACCUCUAAGUCAGGUUGCGGCGAAAGAACAGAAUAUAUACAAGAGAAGUUUCAGCAGUUUUCGGAAUAUCAUCCCUAGGAGUUUGUCUGGAAAUCUGCACGCCACUGUGGAUAUAUUGGCGGUUACUACUGGCGGAUAUGACACUACUGAUGUUGCUUUCAACUCAAAUUCAUUAAAACGCGGAAUCUCAAUACACCAAAACGUUGGCCUUUGCGAUGCCAAAACCUACUUUUUUGCCAAAUUCGGUUCAAGUUUCAAUCAAUUCCCUCACCUGCGGUUAAACGAUCCCAACGACAAACAAUCUCAAGUAAUAUUCCCUCAAGCUCAUCUAUCUACCAUUUUGACACUCAGUAAGCAAAUCCUCACCAAAGAAAUACUGGCUUUGCUAGAUGAACAAAGCUUGGAGAUUAGUACCACAGGGAAGAUUCAAAUUUUUCCGUACAAGAGUUUUUCGGAAACUGUCAAUUUAGUUAUGGUGACGCUUAUGAGGGAGCUGUUACAGCCUCAGAAAGAUUUACCAGUGCCGUUUACUAAGGACGUUCAAGAAUUUGUUAAAGGACUAUAUUUAAAUGGUCAGACUGAGCUACAGAGCCGGAACCACGAUUUAAGUGAAAGGGAAGACCGCGAAAACAAUUAUGCUUUGGUAAACAAAUUUAAGUUAAAUGUCCAAGCAAAUGCUGCAUGUGUGGAUUUGUUGGUUUGGGCAAUUGGAGAUGAAACAGGUGCUGAUAGCCUGUGUGGUAGACUAACAGAAAAAAUUAACUCAAACCAUGGUUAUAGACUAGUCAUAGCCCACAUGCCUUUAUUAAUGGUUUGUUUGGAAGGAUUAGGAAAUCUAGCCCAAAAAUUUCCCAAUAUUGCAUCAACUUCCAUAUAUUGUUUAAGAGAUUUUUUGAUCACGCCUUCUCCCAUUUUGUCAAAGUUGCAUAGGCAAGCGAAUGAGAAGGGAGUCAAAGAAUUGAAAAUUACAACACAAGGGAAUCAUUUAAAGGCAGAAACACCGAAACCAAUAUCUCCUAGCCAAACAGCCUUUGAAAAAUUAAGGGAUGCUGCAAUUGAAAACCUUUGCAUUGCGCUGAGUGCAGCACAUACUUUGGAUCCUGACUGUGUUAGAGCUUUAGUCGCAUCUGUGUCAAAUCGGUUAUUUACAGCAGAAAAGAGUGAUAGUGAAUCGACUCUAAUUUCAACCAACAUCGUAAUAAUGUUAGGUCAUGUGGCUGUAUCGAUGAAAGGUACACCAAAAACCACCGACACCAUCCUCCAAUUUUUCCAGCAGAGAUUCUGUAGAGUACCUUCAGCUUUGGAUACUUUAAUUGUUGAUCAAUUAGGUUGCAUGAUUAUAUCUCAAUGUGAAAUACACGUGUAUGAAGUGGUGAUGAAAAUGUUUACUAUGAUUACUGUCGAAAGUGGUAGUGCAGCUUAUGGAAAUGUUACUAACGAUAAAGCACAAUACAGACAUGUUUCUAGACCAGUUAUAAAUGCUUUAGCUAAUAUAGCUGAUAAUAUACAGGGCGAGACGCAAAUGAACGAAUUGUUGGGACGUCUCCUAGAACUUUUUGUUCAGCUGGGUUUAGAAGGAAAAAGAGCAAGUGAUAAAUCGCCAGGUUCUCUUAAAGCUUCAAGUUCGGCCGGAAAUCUAGGUGUUCUUAUACCUGUUAUAGCUGUGCUACUUAGACGUCUGCCACCUAUAAAAAAUCCAAAACCUCGCAUUCACAAACUAUUUCGUGAUUUUUGGUUAUAUUGUGUCAUCAUGGGAUUCACUGCAUCAGAUUCAGGGUUGUGGCCACAAGAAUGGUACGAAGGCGUCAAGGAAAUUGCAGUAAAAUCACCAACGCUGAUAUCAUUCACAUCUAGUCGAUCGGAAAUGAGAGAGUUACAAUUUACCAGCGCUGUAAAGAACGAAAGCGUUUCUGUUAAUGAACUACAAGAACUCAGAACACAAAUUUUGGACCUUUUAAGGCAUCCUCCUGAUGUUACAGCUUACCUCAACAAAUUGUCGUUUGCCCAGUGCACGUUUUUAUUGAGUGUAUAUUGGGUGGAAACGUUAAGAGUUGAACAUUCAGGUGAACCAUCCCUAGUGCCAAUAAUCUCUGAUUACUUAAGUGAUUCCGCUCUUCAAAAAGAUAAAGCUGGCAUGUGGAGUUGCAUUCAGUCCGUUAGCGAAAGAGUUUUCGAAAAAUUCCUAGGGGUUAUGAAGGAUAGACCGAAAAAUGAGUCUAGAGAAGAAGAUCUUGAAGAACACGCCCAGUUUUUGCUAGUAAAUUUUAACCACCAGCAUAAACAGAUAAGAAGAGUAUCUGAUAAAUUUUUGGCUAGUUUAAUUGAUAAAUUUCCACAUUUAUUGUGGAGUAGAAGAGUUCUUUGGACAAUAUUGGAUAUAAUGCAAGUUUUGUCUUACUCUUUGGAAAUAGAUCCUAAUCAGGAAACUCCAACUUUGAGAAUACCUUCCACCCCAUAUUCUAUUCAACUUAUGGACACCUUAGAAGCUAGAGAGACCAUUGUGAAAGAUUUUGCUGCAAACGCGGAACGUAUCAUCAAAGAAGCUCUGAAAUGGGCUCCUCACUGGACAAGAUCUCACAUACAGGAGUACAUCAAUCAAAUUCCUACAAGUGGUUUGUGGCAUCAUACUGGAUUAUCGAUGGCGUUAGAAUCUGUAAUGCAAUGGGGUCCUCCCAAUCAGUUCAGCGCGUUUUUGAGCCAUUCGAUGCUGGAUAAGUUUCCAAAAUGUGUUAAAAGCGAAUCGUCGAAAAUGUUGUCCAUUUCUGCUAUGAGAUCGAAGUAUAUUGGAGAGGUUAUUGGUAUGCAAUAUGAUUCGAAUAAAAACAAAAGCACUUUGGUUUACGAAGUUUUAAAUAAAGUCUGGUCAGCUUGCAAGGAGAGAAGUAAUUCCUUACACCGUGACGCCCUUUGGCAAGCUACUGCUCUGCUUUUAUCAACUAAGGAAGUAGACAGACGUCUCUUACAUUGCAUCGCAUGGUCACAGGUGGAACUUUUUACUGUGGAAGCAAUGAUAUCUGCGGUUGAUUGUUGGCAAUGGUUGAUUACAUCGAGACCCGAACUAGAAAUUAGGUUUUUGCAAGAAAUGGUAGCGGCUUGGAAGUGUACGGUGCAAAAAAAGCUGGGUUUAUUUUCUGUUUUUAGACCCAAUGUUAGUCCACUGGCUGCACAUGAAGGUUGUAAAUUGGAGCCGGAUCCGCCAUUUGUAAAACCUCAUGCUAUUUGGGUUCAGUUUAUUUGCGAUUUGGUUGAAACGAUAAAAUACAGCAGUUACGAAAAGGUGGAGAUGAUUAGUAGUUUAAUACAUCAUUCCCUUACCAUGAAUGUUGGUUCCGAACCUCCCUCACAGACUAGACAUAUUUCUGCAAUCGGUGUCAGAUUUAAGCUCCUCUCUUGUGGUUUAUCCUUGUUACAAGGAGACACUCUGCCGAAGAGUUUAGGAAAAAACGUACUGAGAGAACGAAUAUACUGUAGUUGCUUAGACUAUUUUUGUAAACCUAUUACAUGCCCUUCACAAAAGUCUGUCGAUUUACGAGAAGACAUAUCAACCCUUAUCAAAUUUUGGCAAAAUUUACAUUCUGACAAGAAAUACCUCAAGGCGAGUGAUGUUGGGGAGGUAGAUUUUACCGCCCCAUCUCCAGUUAGUUCUAUGCCUAGCAACGAACUCGCCAAACCUAACGAAUUUAGCAAAUCUGCUACAGGAUGGAUCAAUACAGUACCUCUUUCGAAUAGCAGUGCUACUUUGAGUAAGAGAUCUGCAAAAUCUGUAAAAAGAAUACCCGUUGCUGAUAAUUUUGUCAAAUGCUACUUGAAAAAGAGAAAUCUCAUACUCGAAUUGUUGGCUGUGGAGAUAGAGUUCCUUAUAGUAUGGCAUAAUCCUACACUUAGACCUGAAUUACAAAUGCCAGGAGAAGAAAAUGUAGCAUUUUGGAGAGCUAAAACUAUUUCAGAUAAACAGUGGCAUGAUUAUACUAGAUUGGCGUGGGAUAUAUCUCCUAGCUUGGCUGUAUAUCUUCCUACAAGGUUUAAGUUGAACGAUGCAAUAAUUAGCGAGAUAAAAAAUUUAGUUCAAAUGAAUCCGCAUGCUGUUUCGAAGAUUCCCGAAGCUUUACAAUAUUUGGUAACGACUGAAGCGAUUUUGAACGACAGUCCAAAAUUAGUAAACAUGUUAACUUGGGCGAGAGUGUCGCCUAUUCAGGCGCUGGCUUAUUUCAGUAGACAGUUUCCUUCACAUCCUAUAUCGGCACAGUAUGCCGUUAGAGUACUAAGUUCUUAUCCAGCUGAUACUGUUUUGUUCUAUAUUCCGCAACUUGUGCAGGCCUUAAGACAUGAUAAGAUGGGAUAUGUAAACGAAUUGAUUAGAUAUAUAGCGAAAAAAUCGCAAAUAGUAGCCCAUCAACUUAUCUGGAACAUGAAAACGAACAUGUUCAUCGAUGAAGAUAUGCAACAAAAAGAUCCUAUCAUUUUUGAAAACUUGGAAUCGUUGGUUAACAGCAUUGUUAGUGAUUUAUCAGGACCAGCGAAACAAUUUUACGAACGAGAAUUUGAUUUUUUCGGAAAAAUUACGAGUAUUUCUGGUGAAAUUCGACCCUUCCCGAAAGGUCUUGAGAGGAAGAGAGCUUGUUUAGAAGCUUUGAGCAAAAUAAAGGUUCAACCUGGUUGCUAUCUUCCAAGCAACCCUGAAGCUAUGGUGCUAGAUAUAGACUACAAGAGUGGUACACCUAUGCAAAGUGCUGCAAAAGCUCCAUAUUUGGCUCGAUUUAAAGUAGCUAAAUGUGGUAUCAACGAAUUAGAAAAUAUAGCUAUGGUAGUGUCAGCAAACCAAACUAAAGAUAAUCUGAGUUUCGGUCCAGAACUGUGGCAAGCUGCAAUAUUUAAAGUAGGAGAUGAUGUCAGACAGGAUAUGUUGGCGUUACAAGUCAUUGGAAUUUUCAAAAAUAUUUUCCAGACGGUUGGAUUAGAUUUGUAUUUGUUUCCUUAUAGAGUUGUAGCCACGGCACCAGGGUGUGGUGUUAUAGAAUGUGUUCCUAAUGCAAAAUCUAGAGAUCAGUUAGGAAGGCAAACGGAUAUAGGAAUGUAUGAAUAUUUUUUGAAAAAAUACGGCGAUGAAAGUACUAGAGAGUUCCAGAAUGCCAGAAGGAACUUUAUUAUCUCAAUGGCCGCAUAUAGUGUUAUCGGUUUUCUUCUACAGAUCAAAGAUAGACACAAUGGCAAUAUUAUGUUGGACGCUGAGGGUCACAUUAUACAUAUUGAUUUUGGAUUCAUGUUUGAAUCAUCUCCCGGAGGCAAUCUUGGUUUCGAACCAGACAUCAAACUUACCGACGAAAUGGUGAUGAUUAUGGGCGGGAAAAUGGAAGCUCCACCAUUCAAAUGGUUCUCUGAUUUGUGUGUUCAAGCAUAUCUAGCAGUCAGACCUCACUGUGAAGCCAUCAUAUCCUUGGUAUCUCUGAUGCUAGAUACAGGCCUACCAUGCUUCCGUGGACAGACCAUCAAACUCUUGAGAGGGCGAUUUAGUACAGGAGCAACCGAUAAAGAAGCGGCAAAUUAUAUGUUACAAAUAAUUCGAAACAGUUUUCUCAAUUUCAGAACCCGUACUUAUGAUAUGAUACAGUAUUAUCAAAACCAGAUUCCCUAUUAGAAUACUCAAUUACAUAAAAAAACACUAUUGCAAUGGGUAUGAAAAGGAUAGACAAAUAUUUGAAAAAUUAUCGACAUUCCAUAACUGUUAUUGAAUAUGAAAAAAAUAUGUGAGUAAUAAAAUGUAUUGACUAUUUUUUAGCAUAUCUAAAAAAAUAACUUUCUAGUUUUCUGUCACAAAAUUUAAUUUUGGACCACCGUAAGUAAAAUAGGAUAUUUAUAAAAUCCUUUAUAACUUGUCUAUCAAUAUUUAUUUUUGAGCAUUUAAAAAUAGUAUAUUUUUGGAAUUUUAAUGAUAUAUAUGUGGUAUUAUUUUUGAAACUCUAGUUAUAGUAGCAAAUUAUUGUUAUUGGUAUAUGUGGUAAAAUAGUAACAAAUAGGGGUGGGUCAAAAAGGGUUACCAUUAGAUUAUAAAUUGUUACCUUUAUUUAAAAAAUAUUUAUGAAUCUAAUUGUUUUUUUUUUGAAAUUACUAAUUUGAUUUAGUUUUUUUGUGAAAAAUAUUAAUAUUUUAAGCCUUAAUUUUGACUUGACAUUAAUAAUUUGCCUUUGUAUUAUAAUUU